AUGGCUUUGGUAUACAAAUCUUUGACCUCGGUCUUGGACUGUAACUUGCUCCAGAGUGACCUAGACUGUUUGGCUUUAUGGUGCCAUCACAAUAAAAUGUGCUUGAAUGUACAGAAAUGUAAAGUUAUGACGUAAAGUAGAAAUACAAAUAAUAUUAACUAUACCUAUCAGAUUGAAGAAAAAUUAGAAUAUUGCAGUGUGGUCUGGAAUCCGCACUAUAUUGUGAAGGAGACCAAACUAGAACAAGUCCAGAAGAAAUUUCUGAGUAUUACUGCUUUCAAACGUGGGAUAAGAAGAGACCCUCAUGAAUAUGGUCAUGUAAUGUCGCAAAUAGGUCUAAUCAGUCUAAGUAACAGACGAGAACUACUUGACAUGGGAUUUCUUUACAAGCUACUAAAUGGGACAAUAAAUUGUGAUGAACUGUUAGCCAUGAUAAAAUUCAAUGUGCCUAGUUUCAAUUCGAGAAAUUAUAAUGUAUUCUAUUACCAAAUACAUUCUACAAACACCUGUUAA